AUGUACUGUACAAUACGGAUGGUGCACUUGAGAGAUGGGCCCCAAGAUUGCUGGUUGAUCCUCUCGAUGAGCACGGGGCACAUGCCCCGGUCACUUCUCGACAUUCGAUCCGGUCAAAAUUUACGAAUAUUUAAGACUUUCUAUGUCGUAUUGGAAGGCGCUCUCACCGGCUAUUGUGGUUGGGAACGAGACUAUUUCUCGCUUGAAGUGCCAUGCACUAGCACUGUCGGCGCAGGUGAACCUAGCUUCGCCGCUACCCUUGGCGCAUUGCACAGCAAGUCGCAAUCGCGUGAUCUCUUGCCGGUUCCAGAUUUUAUUUGCGAGACCCCGCUUUGCAAAAGGACUGAGUCCACGCUUGUUCUUUGCAGACAUCUCAUCAUGAAACGGGUCCGUGGCACCGUCUUUCACGUCCCUGUCGUCCAUGGCAGCUACGCCAAAUACUUGCAAGACCGCGGAACAGAAGCACGAAGUCACCACUGGACCGUGUACCUGCGACCGGUGAACAAUGCCGACAUAUCACAUUUCAUCCACCAUGUUGAUUUUGUUCUGCACGAGUCCUUCAACCCGCAGGUCCGACGUGUUACUGAGAUGCCGUACGAGGUCAGCGAGUAUGGCUGGGGUGAGUUUGAAAUCAUCAUCCGCGUUUUUUUCAACGACACUGCGGAAAAGCCUGUUGAUUUAUAUCACCCGCUUCGCCUGUUUGUCGAGCGUACCGAAGAACCAACUCUCGACCCGGUGAUCAGUGAGUUUUAUGACGAAAUCGUUUUCCAAGACCCGUCGGAAAAAUUGCUCGACAUGCUACAGACUACGCCACACGGGCCCCAGAUUCAGAUCAAACAAUCCAUGUACUCGGCUUACUUCAAGGAUUUCUCCAACGCUGAAAGCGUAGACCUCAAGAAAAUUGAAGAAGCCCGAAAACGGCUUCGCGAAGAAACCAUCAGGAAGCGGGAGCGCUACGAGAAGCUAGAUAUUGAACGCUCUGCACUCGUAAGGGAAAUAAACUCGAGAGGAGGGCGGACCACAUGA